CAACCAGCUCGAAGCUCCAGAGGGAUUAUUAUCUUUCUGCCGUCCUUCCGCCACCUUGACCUGUUCUUGCGAUCUGUUUUCUUACCUUCGACCUUAGACUCUUGUCCCAAACCACAACACGCCUGUUUGUCUUCGUGCUGAACUGUCGCGAACAACAGAACCAGACAGCUCCUCCUUCCUACCACAUCACGCCGAGUUUACUCUGUUCAAGCACUCACAAUGGCUGACGUCAACGUUGAUGUUCUCGUUAUUGGUAUGGGCCCAACGGGUCUGGGCGCUGCCAAGCGCCUCAACCAGGUCAACGGUCCCUCGUGGCUGAUCGUGGACUCGAGCGAGAAGGCGGGUGGUCUCGCGGCGACAGAUGUCACUCCUGAAGGCUUCUUGUACGAUGUCGGCGGUCACGUCAUCUUCUCCCACUACAAGUAUUUCGAUGACUGCCUUGACGAGGCCCUGCCCAAGGAGGACGACUGGUUCAACCACCAGCGCAUCUCCUACGUCCGCUACAAGGGCCUCUGGGUUCCUUACCCUUUCCAGAACAACAUCUCCAUGCUGCCAAAGGAGGAUCAGGUCGCAGCCAUCGAGGGUCUCAUUGAUGCCGCUCAGGAGGCUGCCGUCACCAAGGCUAAGCCCAAGAACUUUGAUGAGUGGAUUGUUCGACAGAUGGGUGAGCACAUCGCAAACAUCUUCAUGCGCCCCUACAACUACAAGGUCUGGGCUGUGCCCACCACCAAGAUGGCCUCUGACUGGCUCGGCGAGCGUGUUGCUGCUCCCAACGUCAAGCUCAUCGCCAAGAACAUCAUUCUCAACAAGACUGCCGGUAAUUGGGGUCCCAAUGCCACGUUCCGCUUCCCCGCCCGCGACGGUACUGGUGGUAUCUGGAUCGCCGUUGCCAAUACUCUGCCCGAGGAGAAGAAGCGCUUCGGCAAGAAGGGCGCGGUCACCAAGGUGGAUGCUGAGAAGAAGAUUGUGCACAUGGGCGACGGUAGCAAGAUCGGCUACAAGAAGCUCAUCUCCACCAUGAACGCAGACCAGCUUGUCGAGAAGAUGGGCGACGAGGAGCUUGUCAAGAUCUCCAAGGGUCUGUACUUUUCAUCGACCCACGUCAUUGGCGUUGGCCUGCGCGGAGCUCGCCCCGACCGCAUUGGUGACAAGUGCUGGCUGUACUUCCCUGAGGACAACUGCCCCUUCUACCGUGCCACCAUUUUCUCCAACUACUCUCCUUACAACCAGCCUCAGAAGGACGUCAAGCUGCCUACCCUCUACAAGGCCAACGGUAGCAAGGCCGACUCUACGGAGGCUAAGGAGGGCCCUUACUGGUCCAUCAUGCUGGAGGUGUCGCAGUCCACCAUGAAGCCCGUGGACGAGGACAACCUGCUCAAGGACUGCAUCCAGGGUCUGAUUAACACUGAGAUGAUCCUGCCCGAGGAUGACAUUGUCUCCACCUACCACCGCAAGUUCUACCACGGCUACCCCACGCCCGCCCUUGAGCGCAACGGCGUGUUGGCGGAGCUUCUGCCCAAGCUGCAGGCCAAGGACAUCUAUUCCCGUGGCCGCUUCGGCAGCUGGAAGUACGAGGUCGGCAACCAGGACCACUCUUUCAUGUUGGGUGUCGAGGCCGCCGACCACAUCGUCAAUGGUGCCGUUGAGCUGACGCUCAACUACCCUGACUUCGUCAACUCUCGUGCCAACACGGAGAGACGUCUGAACUGAGGCAAACGAGAGACUUGGAGCACACGUAUGAUGAAAGGCAAGCAGGGCAGGCAAGGUUGAUUCGGGUUAGGAGUUGCAUGGGAAUUAAAGAUAGGAAGGAUGAUUCUUUUGACAUUUCUGAUGAGGAUUUUUUUUAUUUUUUAUUUUGCAAUUGCCAUCGUCCGGCUAGACGGCAUGGAAAGAUCCGCAUCCAUGGCAUAAACACCAAUCGUCGAAAAACAAAAGACGGACACGACGGAGAAAUGAGAGGAUUGGUAGAGAGAGAGAGAGAGAGAGAGAGAGAGAGAGAGAGAGAGAGAGAGAGAUACAGACAUGACCGCCCGCCGGUCCUGGGUAUACACAAAUCCAAGGCUUCGAUAGACAUAGAUAUUCUUUUUGCUUGUCUUCAUGGCAAUCACCACCCGC